AUGCCCUUCACUCCCACACCCGCCCUCGUCGGCGGCCUCCUCCUCUCCUUCUCAACCUCGUCCCUCGCCCUCUCGCACGGCCGCAUCCUCGGCUGCUCAGGCAUCGCCCACUCGUCCAUCGCCCACCUCCUCGAACUCCUCGGCGUCACCCACACCCGCUCGUCUGCCCCGCCACCGAAAAAGGACGACCGGAAGGACAUCCCUCCGUCGACUUCCGCGUCUGCGCCAUGGUGGAAGCUCGCAUCCCUCGCGGGCUUCGUCGCGGGAGGAGCGUUGUUGGCGAUUCUACGCCCGUCCAUUGAGCGACUGGUCGGGACGGCACUGUUUGACCCGCCUGCGACCAUCGCACAGCAAGGCGGACUGGCGAGGGUCGUUCUGGCAGGCCUGCUCGUCGGCGCAGGGACCAAGCUGGCAAACGGCUGCACAAGCGGCCACAUGCUCCUCGGCCUCUCGCGCUUCUCACGCCGCUCGCUCGCCGCAGUCCUCACAUUCUUCUCCUUCGCGCUCCUGACUUCCCGCCUCGCGCCGCACCCACUCGCCGCGUCGUUCUCCCUCCCCGUCCCGCUCGCCACUUCGACCGCCACCUUCUCUCCCGCUCAAACACUCGCACUCCUCGCACUCCCUCCACUUGCAUCACUCGCCACCGCCCACUCCGACACACUGCAUUCCUUCUUCCUCUCCCUCACCUUCACGCUAGGCCUCUCCCUCGCCGGCAUGCUCCGACCCUCCAAGGUCCUCUCAUUCUUCUACCUCCCCCUCGGUCCGGCGCUCAAAGCCCCAGGCACAUGGGACCCCUCACUCGCUUUCGUCGCAUUGGGCGGACUCCUUCCCAACGCUCUCGUCUACCACGGUUGGAUGAAGAAGGAAGACAAGCCGCUCGUCAAAGGGAAGGAAUUCACCUUCCCUCGCGACCCUCGAGCUGGCAAGAUCGACGCGCGGCUCGUACUCGGCUCAGCGUUGUUCGGAACAGGAUGGGGUCUGAUAGGCCUCUGUCCCGGCCCGCUCCUCUCGCUCCUCGGUACUGGACCGACUAUCUCGGGAUGGACGCCGUGGGUAUUCGGAGGGGCGUUUGCCAUGGGUGGAGUGGGCGCGGGGUGGGUCGCGCUUUAG